CGCGAUCUCGCCACCGCUCUCAAUAACCGCGGGCAGAUCAAAUACCUCCGGGUGGACUUCGACGCCGCCAUGGAGGAUUACACGGCCGCCAUCCAGAGCCAGCCCGUCUUCGAGGUGCCCUACUACAACCGCGGCCUCGUGCUCUACCGGCUAGGAUGCUUUGAUGAGGCCAUGAAAGAUUUCAGGAAAGUUUUAGAGUUGAACCCUCAGUUUGAAGAUGCUGCAUUAAGUCUAAAACAGGCUAUUCUUGACAAAGAAGAAAAACAAAAGCGAGGUUAUUGAAGAUGUGGUUAAUGGUGUGAACAUGUUUUACUGAACACUUAAGUGAUUUUUGUCAUUGAUGGAUGAAAGAGGAUCAUUUAUUUACGUUCGCUAUACUUGACUGAAGAAACGUCAUUCUGGGGUAAAUAAUGUUAAAAAUGUAUUGUAAUUUUAAAAUAAACUAUUUUUAGAUAUUUU